CGCUAACGGUUUUCGGUAGCGCCGUCUUAGAGGGGCGGGGGAGAGGAGGUGGCGAGUCCGUGUCCCGUGACCCUCGGCCCUCAGCGACCCCUGCACCCCUGCAGACAUCUCAAGAUGAUGGGCUGUGAGGAGUCAGAGCUGGAGUCGGUGGAAGGGGGAGAGGCCGUGGCUGACCCAGGGCCACCCCCAGAACCCCGAGCUCCCGAGCCCGGAGCCCCAGUGCCGGAGCCCGGCCUGGACCUGAGCCUGAGCCUGAGUCCUCUGUCCGAGAGCCCCGGGCGCGGGCGGUCCAACUGCAGCCCGGGACGGCGGAAGGGGCGGGCGGACCGGCGGGGCGGGGCCCGCAAGGGGCGGCAGGUCCGCUUCCGCCUGGCGCCGCCCUCCCCGGUACGGUCCGAGCCGCCGCAGGACCUGGGGAUGCCCGCGCAGCAGAGCAGCCUGGCCCUGAGCUUCGAGCUGCAGGCCGCGCGGGCCGCAGCCGGGGGCCAGUUCGAUGCCGCGAAGGCCGUGGAAGAACAGCUGAGAAAGUCGUUCCAGACCCGCUGCAGCCUGGAAGAGAGCGUGGCCGAGGGGCUGAACGUGCCGCGCUCCAAGCGGCUCUUCCGAGACCUGGUGAGCCUGCAGGUGCCCGAGGAACAGGUUCUGAACGCCGCGCUGAGGGAGAAACUGGCGCUCCUGCCGCCGCAGGCCCGAGCCCCGCCUCCAAAGGAGCCACCUGGGCCAGGGCCAGACAUGACCAUUUUGUGUGAUCCAGAAACAUUAUUUUAUGAAUCUCCACACCUGACCCUGGAAGGUCUGCCCCCUCUCCGGCUUCAACUCCGGCCCCGCCCUUCAGAGGAUACCUUCCUUAUGCAUCGGACACUGAGGCGAUGGGAAGCGUAGACUUGGAGGCUCCCUGGAUUGCCAGUU